AUGGUAAGUCCCUAUGCAUCAUGCGAAUAUGUAGAAACCAAGUACAGAAUUUCUUGUCCUGAACCUGAACUAACCUUGAGAAUUCCACUUCAAUCACAUCUACCCAAAUUGAGAUCCAAACACUCAAAUGAAAAAUCCCAACCCCUUCCCAAACCAUUCCAACGUUCAUUGCACAUAACCAACCUCCCACCAACGAUCAAACCCGCGCACUUCAAUUACAUACUCUCUCAUCCUGUUCAUUCUCAAUCCUCAGGUCGGAGAGGGAGAUAUAAGAAAGAUCCUGGGAUUAGUUUGGUUCAAAUCUAUCAUCUUCCUUCUCCCUCUCCGUCAAUCAAGUAUAGACCGUUGAAACGGUUGAUAAGUGUAUUUGAAAGGAUAGUAUGUGUUUCCGGGGGUAAAGAAGAUGAUGAUACUGUACCGUGCGAUACUCCAAGAAAUAGUAUCGCUAAAUCCCUCAUUCCGAGUCAAAGUCCACAUGCAAAUUCGAAUACAAAUUCGAAUCCCGGUGUAGAUCCCCCAAUUUCUCCUGGUGAAACGUCAAACGGAAAUUCUAGAUCAGAUACUAAUGAGAUCACCGCAAGUGAGGAUAAUGGAAGUAGAGUAGAAGAACGUGAAGUGAUUGAUCAAAAUAUCAACCCGAUUUCGCCAGAUCAAGAUCAAUUAUUGAUGGAUAUCAGUCAGAAUGUCAAAGACAACGAGGAGAAAGAGAAGGAGCUUAAGACCAUUGCUUGGAUACAUUUUAGAGACGAAGAUCAUCUAUAUCGCGCCAAACAAGUUUUGAGAUCUAUAACGAUUGAUGGAAGACAAAUUGUAGUAAAGACUGAUAGGUUUAAUGGUGGGAUUAUCAAGAGAAUCUGGUCGGAGGGUUCUCCCAACAAAAAGUCAGAGUGA